AUGGGCCUCCCCACCGUCCCUGGCCUGCUGCCGCCACUGGUGCUCCUCGCUGUGUUGGUGGUAGGAAUCUAUCCCUCUGGGGUUAUGGGACUGGUCCCCCACCUUGGGGACCGAGAGAAGAGAGACAGUGUGUGUCCCCAGGGGAAAUACAGCCAUCCUCAGAAUAAUUCCAUUUGCUGUUCCAAGUGCCAUAAAGGGACCUACCUCUACAAUGACUGCCCAAAGCCAGGGGUGGAAACUGACUGUAGGGAGUGUGAAAAUGGCACGUACACUGCUACAGAGAACUUCGUCAGACAGUGCUUCAGCUGCUCCAUUUGCCGGAAAGAAAUGCACCAGGUGGAGAUUUCUCCUUGCACGGUGUCCACGGACACUGUGUGUGGCUGCAGGAAGAACCAGUAUCGACUUUAUUGGAGUUCCUUCCACUUCAAGUGCCGUAACUGCAGCCUCUGCCUCAAUGGCACUGUGAAUAUCCCCUGCCAGGAGAGGCAGGACACUGUAUGCACCUGCCAUGCAGGCUUCUACCUAAAGGAAAAUGAAUGUGUCUCCUGCAGCGAGUGUAAGGAGCAGGAGUGCAAGAAAUUGUGCCUACCUACAAGUGAAAAUAUCAGGAACCCUCAGGACACAGGCACCACAGUGCUGUUGCCCCUAGUGAUCCUCUUUGGUCUUUGCUUGUUCUCCCUCUUCAUGGGGAUAAUGUGCCGCUACCAACGGUGGACGCCCAAGCUCUACUCCAUUGUUUGUGGGAAAUCAGUAAAAGAGGGGGAGUUUGAAGGCGUUAUUACCAAGUCCCCAGCACCAGAUUUCAGUGCCACCCCAGGCUUCAGUCUCACCCCCAAGCACACUUUUUACUUCAGUAACGGGACCAACUCCAGGAAUGAAUUAUUUCCCAGAAAGGAGGCCCCUCUCUACCAGGAGGCUGGCCCCAUGCUCAGUGCAGCCCCCAACUCCACUCUGCUCUCCAUCCCUCCUCAGAAGGCAGAGAAUGGCGCACACACGCUCCCAGAUGCCAACCCAGCCACACUGUACGCAGUGGUGGAUGGUGUGCCCCCUUUGCGCUGGAAGGAGUUCAUCCGGCGACUGGGGCUGAAUGAGCAUGAGAUAGAGCGGCUGGAGCUGCAGAACAGGGGUUCCCUGCGCGAGGCGCACUACAGCAUGUUGGAAGCCUGGCGGCGCCGGAUCCCACGACGUGAAGCCACGAUGGAGCUUUUGGGCCGCAUUCUCUGCGACAUGGACCUGCGUGGCUGCCUGGAGGACAUUGAGGAGAAGCUGCAGGCCUCUGCCCUGCUCCCACACCCGCCCCACCUUUCCCGGUGA